CAGCUGUUCUCCAUCAUCAUCAUCAACUCCCCGCAUUCUUCCAAUCCAAAUAUCACAAUCACAAUCACAAAUAUGGGAGGCGAAACUUUUGAAAUUGCAAAGAUCAAGAGCUCUUACCCCAAGCUGUCCGCGCAGCCUGUUGGAAAAUGGAUUCCAAACAUCUACAAGGACCGUAUUGGUCAGUUCUACGGCGGCGGACAGUAUGAGAGCAAGAAUCUGCGAGCGAUGAUGAACGAGGGCGUCGCCUCCGGAUCACCCCAUGUCGAACUCUCAGUCUGGGACGCUCCCGAGCUUACCCGCCCGACUUUCAAAGAUGCUACGAGCCACGAAUUUAGAGACACACAGGUUGGAGACUGGUUCGGUCCAUCGUGGUCUACGCAUUGGUUCAAAGUCAAGCUCACAGUCCCAGGGGAGCUUCUGAAGAAGGAGCUCCUAGAACUACACUGGGAUGCGAAUAAUGAGGGCAUGGUAUGGACCGAAGAAGGCAACCCCCUCCAGGGUCUGACCGGUGGUGGAGAGAGAGUAGAAUGGAUAUUACCAGAGGAAUAUCGAGACGGGAAGCAACAUACGAUAUACAUUGAGAUGGCUUGCAACGGCAUGUUUGGAAAUGCUCCUGGUGGAGACACGAUUCAGCCGCCCGACCCAAACAAAUACUUCCAAUUGGGAAAGGCAGAUAUCGUUGCUGUCAAUACAGUAGCUCGUCAAUUAUGGAUCGAUAUUUGGAUCAUUGGGGAUGCGGCUAGGGAAUUUCCCACCGAUUCUUGGGAGCAGCAUAAGGCUUUGAAGGUUGCCAAUGAGAUCAUCGAAACAUUCGAAUUGGGUAACCAAGACUCGAUCAUCAAGGGCCGGAAGAUUGCCCAGGAAUAUUUAGGCAAGGAUGUUAACUCCUCGGCAGUCUAUAAGACGGACACGAAGCCUAUUGUCUACGGUAUUGGUCACUGUCAUAUCGAUACUUGCUGGCUCUGGCCUUGGGCCGAGACCAAGAGAAAGGUCGCCAGAUCUUGGUCGAAUCAAUGUGAUCUCAUGGAUCGGUACCCGGAGCAUCGAUUUACUUGCUCGCAGGCGCAGCAGUACAAAUGGCUCAAGCAGUAUUACCCUUAUGUUUUUGACCGAGUCAAGGAGAAGGUUAAGAAGGGUACAUUCCAGCCCGUUGGUGGUAGCUGGGUCGAGCAUGACACCAACAUGCCAUCUGGCGAAUCUCUGGUCCGUCAGUUCUUGUACGGGCAGAGAUUCUUCGAGGGCAACUUUGGAGAGCGAUGCAGGACUUUCUGGCUUCCUGAUACUUUUGGAUACUCAAGUCAGCUGCCGCAAUUGUGCCGUUUGGCAGGCAUGUCUCGAUUCUUCACUCAAAAGCUGAGUUGGAACAACAUUAACAACUUCCCUCACACAACCUUCAAUUGGGUUUCCCUGGACGGAAGUCAAGUCAUUUGCCACAUGGCACCGGCGGAGACUUACACUGCUGAAGCAAACUUUGGAGAUGUGAGGAGGUCAGUCACUCAACAUAAAUCUAUGGAUCAAGAUGAGACCUCGCUACUUGUCUUUGGAAAGGGUGAUGGAGGUGGAGGGCCGACCUGGGAGCACAUGGAGAAGCUGCGUCGUUGCCGUGGAAUGAGCGAUACCGUAGGUAUGCUGCCCAGAGUCCAAUUGGGUGAUUCGGUCGAGGAUUUCUUUGAUCGUCUUGAGAAGCGAGCUUCAGAUGGCCUGGACUUUGUCACUUGGUAUGGAGAACUCUAUUUCGAACUGCACAGAGGUACAUAUACGACCCAAGCAAACAACAAGCGUAACAACAGGAAAUCGGAGAUUAUGUUGCAUGAUAUCGAAUUGCUAGCCACUCUUGCCAGUGUCAAACACGGGUACAAAUACCCCAAGGAGGACAUUGAUGAUAUGUGGGAGAAUGUCCUGUUGUGCCAGUUCCAUGACUGCUUGCCCGGAAGCUCGAUCGAGAUGUGUUACGAUGAUAGUGACGAGCUGUACGCAAAAGUAUUCACGACUGGCGAGAAGAUCUUGAAAGACUUGCAAAGUGUUUUGGGUGUUCAGGACUUCAGCAACUCCGAUAAGAAGACCUUGAUUGCAUUGAACACAAUGCCAUGGCACAGAAGAGAAGUCAUCUCUAUCGGAGACAAUAAGGCUGGAGUAGCUUGCGGCAGUGGAAACUUGCUGGAAAUCAAGACUUUCAAGAUCGCCGAGACUCCUGAGGUUACUGUCAAGGAAGUGAGGAAAGGUGUCUUCAUCUUGGAGAACGACCAAUUGCGAGUGGAAGUUGAAGGUGGAAGUAUCUCCUCACUCUAUGACCGCAAGGCCGAGAGAGAAGUCGUACCAAAAGGUGGCAAAGCUAAUCAGCUUGUUAUUUUCGAUGACAAGCCACUCUACUGGCAAGCUUGGGACGUCGAGGUUUUCCACUUGGACUCGAGAAAGGAGCUUCCCUCAGGAACAACCAAAAUUGUUCAAAGUGAUGCGCACCAAGUUAGUGUCAUGACUGAGACGAAGAUCAGCGAGAAGAGUUGGAUCAAGACCUACAUCAGCCUUUCAGCGGCAUUCAAAGAUCAACAGUCGUAUGUUGAGAUGCAUGCUGAAGUUGAAUGGCAAGAGAGUAUGAAAUUCCUGAAGGUUGAAUUCCCCGUCGACGUUAGAAAUACCGAGGCUUCAUACGAGACGCAAUUUGGGAUUGUUCGACGCCCAACUCAUUACAACACUACAUGGGACAUGGCAAAAUUCGAGGUCUGUUGUCACAAGUUUGCAGAUCUCUCGGAGCAUGGUUAUGGUGUUUCGAUCUUGAAUGAUAGUAAAUACGGCUUCGCUACUUGUGGCAAUCUGAUGCGCCUUUCACUUCUUCGCGCUCCUAAGGCACCAGAUGCGCAUGCGGACAUGGGACGUCACAACAUCCGAUGGGCAAUCCUCCCGCACCAAGGUGAUCUCGGAUCUACUACGGUCCGCACGGGGUACAACUUUAAUAAUCCUUUGAAGCUUGUACAAGCACCCAAAGAGACGUUGCGUAUGGAUGCAUUCACAAACCCUAUCAAACUAACGGGUAACCCAUCUCUUAUUUUGGAUACUAUCAAGAGAGGAGAGGAUGAUGAGGAUGUCAGCCGUGGAGAGUUGCCCAAGCGAAAGGGCAAGAGUGUUAUUCUGCGCAUCUAUGACAGCUUGGGAGGCACCAGCAAGGGCACAAUUGAGACGACUUUGGAUGUGAAGAGAGUGUGGAAGGCUAACAUCUUGGAGGAUGAUGAGGAAGAGCUCAGGAUCAAGGAUGGCAAGCUCGACAUCACUUUGAGGCCGUUUGAGGUGGCUACCUUCAGAUUGCAAUUGUGA